AUGUUAUUUUUUAUAAUAUUCAUAACCCUAUUAGACGUAAGCAUAAGCUUAAUUUAUUCUAAAGAUUAGACAAGUAUUUUUGUUAAAAAAUUAGAUUUCUAUAAAAACUUACUUCCAUCAGUUAAUUAUUACAUAGAGACAGGAUAUGUAAGUGUAGGAGAUUUAACAAAAUAUGAAAAUAGAUUGUUUUAUUCACUUUAUUUGAAAGAAACAAUAACAAAGAAGACAGAAAUCAAACCAGAUGAUGAAUUUAUUGUUUGGAUUUAUGGUGGUCCAGGUUGUUCAUCUUAAGAUAGUAAUUUUAAUGAAAAUGGACCUAUAAGAGUAGAUGAUGAUCAAAAAUUGCAUGCAAGAGUAUUUGUGAUAUAUAUACUAAUAAGGAAACAUCAUGGAAUAAAUUAGCUCAUCUAAUGUACAUUGAUUAACCAUUUUAUACAGGAAUGAGUUAUUCAACUAAAGAAGGAUUAAUAACAAAUAGUUGGGAUGCAGCAGAUUAUGUUAUAGAAUUAUUGACUUAAUAUUUUUAAUAAAACAAGGAACUUGCAAAAGCAAGAUUGCAUAUUUGGGGAGAAAGCUAUGGUGGUCAUUAUAUACCUGUAUUAGCUGAAAAAAUUAAAAAAUAAACUUAAUUUAAUUUAGUAGGAAUUGGAAUAGGUGGAUCUUGGUCUCAUCCAAAAGUUUAAGUUUUACCUACAGUCCAAUAAUUAUUAAAUUAUGGAGUUAUUGAUUAGUAUCGAUACAAUUUAAUGAUGAAAUCUGGAAUUGAAUCAUUGGAUGCAAUUGAUAAUAAAGAAUUUGAGAAGUUUUUAAUUAUGAGUGAUGAAGAAAUAUUUUUUAAUGAUAUUAUUGGACCCAAUUUCAGAUAUAAUAUAUAAUACUAUGAUUAUGAUGAUGGAGAAUAAUAUGAAGAUUUUAUAAAUAAUCAUAAAUAAUAAUUUGAUCUUCCAGAGAACAUAACUUUUUAUGGAUGUAAUUAAGAUAUUUAUAUGGCUUUUGCUGAAGAUCAAACUAUUUCAGUUCUUCCUUAAAUUGAUUAUCUACUUCAAUAAGAAAUUAAAGUUUUUGUAUUUUAAGGUUAAUUGGAUACUGUUGUCUCUCUUAAUGGAGUAGAAUAUUGGGUAAAUCUAUUAAAAUGGAAGGAUCUUCCACUCUGGAAGAAAUAAAAAAAAUCAUCUUGGAAAUUUAUAAAUCCAAAAACAAAAAUGGAAGAAACUGCUGGUACAAUUAAAUCAUAUAAAUAAUUACAUUUUUGUAUGGUUUAUAAUGCUGGACAUAUGACACCCACUGAUUAGCCAGAAGCAUCAUUUUAAAUGUUAAAGAAUUAUUUUAACAUUUGAGAGUUAUUGAGAGAUAUUGAUUAUUAUUGAUUUCAUUUUAUGAAAAAG